UUCCUUUUCCGGUCAAAAAAAAAUUAUAUAAAUCAAAUAUUGAACCAAGGGCGUUGUGUUUUUUGUUUCAUAUAAAAAUGCUAAAAAAUUCAUCAUACACAACAUAGAAAAAUUAGAAUCCAAUUGAAAGAUGAAUAAUGAACAACACAAGGUAUUCAUAUAAACAAUUAACAUCGAGCGCGAGCAGGUUUGAUGUUCUAUAUGUGUGUGUUUGUUGUUGUUGUUGUUAGUGUUUUCAUUCGAAGAAUCACUACCUCUCUCUCCACGGCAACGUUCAACCUGCUACUGCUGCAUCUGUUAUGUUGUGAUUAUAAGUUGUUUUCCUAUUAUAAAAAUUGUUCAUUUUACAUUUCGAAUUUUGUUUAUGUGAAAAAUUUUUGUUUGAAUUAUUAUUACACGAGUUAUAAUGACAAUUACAAACGGUUAUCGUAGUGAUUAUGAUUAUGGUCAUGAUGAUACUGAUGAUACUAUGGAUCGUGCCGAUGGUAUUGGUUGGGGUAUUAUCCGAAAACGAAAACGAAUGUCUGAUGCAAGAAUUGUUGCCAUUGCAGCAACAACGAUAACAGCCAUUUCCGCAUUUAUUGCUUUUUUUAGCCAAUAUUGGCUUGCAUCUGAACGACGAUUAUAUGGAGCAAAAUUUGUACGCCUUGGUCUUUGGGCUACCUGUUUUCGUAGCUAUGUUAGUCCAGAAGAUUAUGAAAUGAGUAAAUAUUAUGCCGGCUGUCGUUGGAUUUUUGCUGAAGAAUAUCAGAAUAUCAAACAUAUUCUUAUGCCGGGAUUUUUUAUCGCAACACAAGCAUUAUAUACAAUUGGAUUUGUUUUCUUGCUAAUGGCAUGCAUCUGCGUUUUGGCCAUACAAUUAUGUUUUAUAAUUGAAAAAGAAAUUCUUGCAAUGAAACUUUUAUCAUCUGUCAUGUUUCUAUCUGCAUUAUUCACAACAUUAGCCGUCAUUAUAUUUGGUAUACGUGGUGAUGAUCGUGAUUGGAUGCCUGAUCAUGAACAUAAUUUUCUUUCAUGGUCAUUUGGUUUUGCUGUUGUUGGUGCAUUCUUUUCCUGGAUGGCAUCGGCAAUGUUUUGGGCUGAAAGUCGUAUUCUUUUUAAAAAAGAAUUGAAAAAACGACAAGAAAUUUAUAAUAUGGAAGGAAAUAAACAUGUUCAUCAUCAUCAUCAUCAUCAGCAACAAUAACAACAACAACGACAAGAUAAUCAAGACCAAAAAAA